AUGGCCGCCAAAUGCGGACGUUCCACUCAAUUGGCCAGCAACGGAGAAGUCGAUGAACCUGAAAUCCAAAACAUUGUGCGUGUCGUUGAUUCUUUGUACGCCCUCCUGUCCUGCCUGAUUAAUAUUCACGAGUCUUCUUCACUUAGCGCGUGUCUUUGGAGCGCAAAGUUCGUGAUGUUUUGAAGAUAAGGAGCUCUGCAAUGACUUCCCGUGUUUUGUUUCAUCUGUUUUUGACUGUGGUUUUAUUCCACGUGACGGCUGCUGUUGAUUGUAAAAGUUACAUAAGCAGUGGCGAGUUUAAAGACCACAAAAGUUGCAAUAAUGGGCAAACCUGCUGUGGGACCUGCGACAACAGAUACUGCUGCUCAGGUUUCUUUGGUGCGUUAAGCGAGGAUGAACAAGAUGCCUGCACUAUAAAACACUUUAGUUAUUUUACCAUUGGAUUGAUAAUACUGGGGAUUGUGGCCUUCGUCACCCUGAUUCUCAGCUGUUGUUGCUGUCCGUGCUGUUGUCUCUACAACAUGUGCAGAAAACCCAGACCCGUGGUGGGAAUGUCAACCACUACAGUUGUAAAUACGCAAUGCGUUAUGCAGCAGCCUCCCGUCCAAGGAGGUCAGUACCCACCAUAUCAGCCUGUGCCAACACAGCCACCUUAUGGAGGGCAGCCAUAUCUGGCACAGCCAUAUGCACAAGGACCAAAUCCGGCACAGCCAUAUGCACAAGGACCAUAUCCGGCACAGCCAUAUGCACAAGGACCAUAUCAGGCACAGCCAUACGCACCAGGACCCCCACCACCAUAUCAGACAGUCGCAGGCCCUGGAUAUCCCAGCAGUCAGGCUGCAUAUCCACCUACUCAGGCAGGUUUCGCUCCUAUGCCCCAGCCAACAGACACCUCGAAACAACCACCAGGACUAUGCACUUUCCUGAGUCGCCUGUUUCACCUGAGUCACCUGUUUCACCUGGUUCUGGUUCACCUGAGUCGUCUGCUGCACAUGAGUCACCUGCACUUCAUGUUUCGGUUGGAAGUUCCGAAUCUGACCCCUGAGCUUAUUGUCCCGACCACGUCUGCUGAGCCUAAGUUUCCUGAGUUUUCUGUCACAACCAUAAGGCCUGUUUCUGAGUUUCCUGUUUCCAAGUUACCUGUGUGUCAUGUAGAGGCCGAGAUGGUUAUUCCUGAUUUCCCUGUGUCCUUUAGGUUUGGAACAACAUGUGGAUUGGAAAAAGAUUUCAUUUUUUUGGAAAUUAAAAUUGGGUUUUCAAUUGUGUUUCUAAUAGUUCUUAAUAUUUCUUAUCUGUCCAAAAGAAAACACGUUACUAAUCCUGUCAUUGGAGUGGUAGUAGGGGUGAUUGCGGUCGUCAGCUGUUGUUGCUGUUCGUGCUGUUGUCUCCACAAGAUGUGCAGAAAACCCAGACCCGUGGUGGAAACGUCAACCACUACAGUUGUAAAUACGCCAUGCGUUAUGCAGCAGCCUCCCGUCCAAGGAGGUCAGUACCCACCAUAUCAGCCUGUGCCAACACAGCCACCUUAUGGAGGGCAGCCAUAUCCGGCAGAGUCAUAUGCACAAGGACCAAAUCCGGCACAGCCAUACGAACAAGGACCAAAUCCGGCACAGCCAUACGCACAAGGACCAAAUCCGGCACAGCCAUAUGCACAAGGACCAAAUCCGGCACAGCCAUAUGGACAAGAACCAUAUCCGGCACAGCCAUACGCACCAGGACACCCACCCCCAUAUCAGACAGCCGCAGGCCCUGGAUAUCCCAACAGUCAGGCUGCAUAUCCACCUACUCAGGAAGGUUUCGCUCCUAUGCCCCAGCCAACAGACACCUCGAAACCACCGUAUAACCCCGCCUUUAUGCAGCCACCACCUACCUAAUACUAAACCGCAGACGU